AAAGACAGAUCAAAAGGAACCAAGAUCCAUAGAGAGAGACAAUAAAGGAAGAACAUUGAUCAUAUCUCAUUUCUACUCCGGUCGGUCAAAAUGAAGGAUCAAGCUAUCAAGCUCUUCGGAAAGGAGAUACCUUUACCGCCCCCGCCGCCGCCGGUGGUCAGCAACAUAUCUGCCGACGACGGAUUAGAAGUUACACAAGAAGAAGAAGAUGAUGAACAGUUGGAAGAAGUUGAAAAGGAUCCGCCGCCAGCUGAGACCAAGGAGACUCCAUCCCCUGAUUCCGGUGAGAACCCUAUGGAAGAUGAUGAAGAAGAUGAUGAUGAAGAAGAAGAAGGUGCUGCGGCGAAACCUUCCGAUGCUGAUGAUGACCGGACGGGGACUGAUGAUAAGCCGUUAAAGAAACCGGAUAAGAUUCUUCCAUGCCCGCGUUGUAAAAGUAUGGAUACAAAGUUCUGUUACUACAACAAUUACAACGUUAAUCAACCUAGACAUUUCUGCAAGAGUUGUCAAAGGUACUGGACUUCUGGUGGAACCAUGAGGAAUGUCCCUGUCGGCGCCGGCCGCCGUAAAAACAAGACUGUCGCGGCGGUUUCCAACUGUCGCCAGAUAACAAUCUCUGACGCCCUUCAGGCUGCUCAAAUGGGUAUUGUUCAUCACAAUGGAUUCAACCCUAAUGGAACAGUUCUAUCCUUUGGUCCGGAACCAAUGGGAUCUGUCUUGACCCUCCCUGGCACAAUUAAUAAAGAUGAUACAAUUUCAAAUUCAAAUUCAAUCGAUGAAGGGGCGGUGGCUGCGGUGGGGAUGCACCAUCCUCCAAUCCCAUAUCUUGCAGGAGUUCCAUGGCCAUCUUACCCAUUACCUGCGUUUUACCCGAAUGGAUUACAGGCCAUGCCAAUUGUUCCAACCCCUUUUUGGAAUUGCAGUUUUCCAAAUUCGUGGGCAAUCCCACCCUGGUUAUCUCCACCACCACCAUACACACCACCAACUUCUCUAGGAAAACAUUCAAGGGAAGGGGAAUUGAUCAAAGAUUCAGAACCUUCCAUUGUUAUACCGAAAACACUUAGAAUUGAUGACCCUGAUGAAGCGGCUAGAAGUUCAAUAUGGACAACAUUAGGGAUCAAACAUGAUUCCAUCAAAAGGGGAAGUCUUUUCAAGGGAUUUGAAUCUAAGGAUGGCGAGAAGAAGAAGAAUGAAACUGUUGAAACAGCACCUGAAACAUCUCCAGCCAUGAUGGCUAAUCCUGCAGCCUUAGGUAGAUCAGUUAGAUUACAGGAAGGUUUCUGAAAGAGUUGUAUAUAUUUGCAUAAACAUGACAUGAAAACAGAGGAAGCUCUAAUUCCUAAAGGAGUCUAGCUUAUGAUGCUUUCAAUGAGAAUUGCCUCUCUUUUUUUCAACAGACAUAGAUCAACAAUAAAACUUCAUGUUUUUUCCUUGUGAA